AGGAACUGUGCAGUUACAUAAAUCGAGCCCACACACCCCGACGAGAACCAAACCAGACAAGCAACACACAAGAAACUUCCGCGUCAACAUUUACUCCGUAACCGAAAUGAACCCGAAGCAGUGUUCCUCCAGACUCGUCACAAUCAAGACGUCAUGAACACUUCGGUCCUCAUUGUCCUGGUGUUGCUGAUAAAUCAGGUUCUCAUAGGACAUGUAAGUGUGAGUUUGCAAUUCGAAGAAGAGAACAGCGAUGUUGAUUCCCGAACAUUACAGAAACUGAAGAAAAAGAAGAUGAAGAGACUUUGCAGUUUGCUUGCAAUGGGACGUGAGAACCCGGACCCAGAAUUACGCACACUCGUGUUUCUGCAAGUACAGCAGAUACAGGGCUCACCCUAUCCAGUGUCUGCAGACCACACAUCAGCAAAUGCAUUUGACUGUCACAGUCUUGGUGGCAGUGGCGGCAGUAGUGGGCUUCUAGGGAGCCACUUUGGAGGGGGAGGUCUACUAGGAUCUAUAUUUGGAGGAGGAGGAGGAUUACUGGGAAAUACUCAGUCUAACUUAAACCCAGAAAUUUUGGGUGAUCUUGCUGUACGUCCUGAGAGGUACCUGAGACCACUGUAUCGGACUCUGAGACCAUUAAUUCGUUUCUUCAAGAAAUGAUGCAUAAAUAAUUAUCAUACCUAAUAAAGUAACAGUGCAAGUGAGCUUUGAUUCCCAAAGAAUGUACCUAUCAAGAUAAGCAAAUGCUACCCCUGUGUCUGUCAGAUUGUACAAGGAUUUCCAGGCACACUGGUAUCUACCACACUUCAGAGAGUCAGAAAUUGCCUUUACUUCCGCUAUCAACUAUAUAUGAAAAUUAUUCAAGUGCAAGUAGGUUGUGGAUAUUAAUGUUAUCUGCAUUUUAUGUCAUUAAAUAGUCUGUUGGAGCUAUUUUUGAUAAAUUUGAUAAAGACCUACUUGAGCUUAAUGAAAUUUGGUGGUUAUAUUGGGUUAGCAUAUAUUAAAAAAUUAAAUUAUUAUGAACACUUUUACUCUACACGCCCAAUACAAAAUUUUAUAAAAUCCACUGAGUUGUUUCAAAAAUAAAACAGAAAUUGCUUCCCGUUGUGUGUUAAUUUAUGUAAUUUGUGUAAAGAGUGCAUGAACCUAUUAAGAUUUAUUGUAAAUGCGUGUGUGCCUAUGACAAGAGGCAGAAAAUGUUUAAAUUUAAAUGAUUUGAAUGGUUAUACUAUUGAUUAACACACAUAUGCAUUACAUUCUAUAUGAAAAUAGCCUCUAUGAUUUAGUCAAACAGAUCACUAUAGAUAACUGGUUAAAGGAUGUUUGCAUUCAUUCAUCAGUUUUAAAGAUACCCUAGUUGACUAUAGUUUAUUUACAAUAAUUCAAAGUAAUGUGACUUGAAAGACAAGUGUUGGCCAUUAUUGAGGAACAUUAUAACAAAGUUACUUCUUAAAAGUAACGCCUGUCAGAUGCCAUCCAUCAAGAUUGGUGAUGCACUCGAUUUAUAACGCGUUCCAUUACGUGUAGUAACAUGGCAGGUUAUAUUGCAUUAAUUUCUUCAGAAAUCAGCUGCUCAGCAGUUGAUGAACAUUUGAAGGACUUCGUUUGGACAUCGAAUAAUUUCCCAUUAUGGCAACAUUUCUUGGCCAGCGCAUUCGCCCAAUUUAUCAGUUUGUUAUUUCAUUUUAUGGGGCCAUUUUAGAAGCAAAGUGUUUGAGACAUGUCCAGAAGACUCAAAUAAACAAAAACAGAGAAUUUCUGAAGAAAUUAAUACCUAUUAUAUAAAUGAUAUGUAUACCAAAGUAGGAAGAAUAAUAUGAACACAAUUUAUGUGAACACACACAAACACAAUUUUGUAAUGCAUUAUUUUAUAGCCAUGAGAUACUGAACCAUAUUUUACUGUACCACCAUGAGGGAAAGGUUUAGCAACAUUAGUCUAAGUGAUCAUGCACUUUCAUUCCCAUAUCAAUGAUUAUAUUAGGGGGAAACAUGUGUCAAACUUGCCUCUCCUCUGGUUUAUCUUUCCUUGGCUAAAUUCCAUUUAGGACAGAAAGGUUUGGAUAAAAGGGAACCGAAAUAUAUACCAUCAGCAUUGCUCAUGUAUUAAUUUUAGUAAUUAAUUGAUUUUGUUUACUGAUUAUGAUCGUGCCCACCUUCUUUUUCUUCUGGCAUUGUUUCUAUUUAUGCAGGUCAAUGAAUCCUGCCUAUAUCUUUAUAAAAUAAACCCAAUAAUCUUAUGAUGAAUGGUAGAAGAAGGUAUAUAUGUAAUUAAUACACUUGGACAUGUAGAUGUGUUUCUAUUUCCAUAAUGUGACAUUUUCUGUAAAUUCUUAAAGUACAUUUAGUAUGAUGACAUAA